GCGGAGAUGCCGCUGCAGAAGAAGCGCUGGGAGUCCAUGGCCAAGGGGCUGGUGCUGGGCGCACUCUUCACCAGCUUCCUGUUACUGCUGUACUCCUACGCUGUGCCCCCGCUGCAGGCCAGCCUGGCCACCACGUCCCCAGAGACCGCAGCACCCUGCUCCCCCGCCCCUGUCGAGCCCCAGGCAGCGACUCCAGCCAAUGGGUCAGCGGGCGGGUGCCAGCCUCGGCGCGACAUUGUGUUCAUGAAGACGCACAAGACGGCCAGCAGCACACUGCUGAACAUCCUGUUCCGCUUUGGCCAGAAGCACGGGCUCAAGUUCGCCUUCCCCAACGGCCGCAAUGACUUUGACUACCCGGCCUUCUUCGCCCGCAGCCUGGUGCAGGACUACCAGCCCGGGGCCUGCUUCAACAUCAUCUGCAACCACAUGCGUUUCCACUACGACGAGGUGCGCGGCCUGGUGCCGCCCAACGCCACCUUCAUCACCGUGCUCCGGGACCCCGCCCGCCUCUUCGAAUCCUCCUUCCACUACUUCGGGCCCGUGGUGCCGCUCACGUGGAAGCUCUCGGGCCGCGACAAGCUGGCCGAGUUCCUGCAGGACCCGGGCCGCUACUACGACCCCAAUGGCUACAACGCCCACUACCUCCGCAACCUGCUUUUCUUCGACCUGGGCUACGACAGCGGCCUGGACCCCGGCAGCCCGCGCGUGGAGGAGCACAUCCUGGAGGUGGAGCGCCGCUUCCACCUGGUGCUGUUGCAGGAGUACUUCGACGAGUCGCUGGUGCUGCUCAAGGACCUGCUGUGCUGGGAGCUGGAAGACGUGCUGUACUUCAAGCUCAACGCGCGCCGCGACUCGGCCGUGCCGCGAUCUUUGGGGCAGGCCAUCAAGCUGCCCUUGGCCCUUUUUCUCCCAGUUUCUUUUGACCAUCUCUUCCUUGGGAGUAAAGAGUGA